AUGAUUGCAGCUGCAUCAUGGGAUGCCACAUAUGCGAACAUUGGAAAUCGAUUUAUAUCGGAUACCAUCGAGAAAGUAUUAGUUCAAAUUAGAGAUUUAGUUGAUAAUGAUCAGACUGCUCAUUGGCGCACUGUGAUAGUCCCGAUUGUUGAACGAGUCCUUGCCUUUUCGCCAAGCAUUGAUCAAGAUUUACUGGUUGCUAAAGUAUCGAACAGAAUUCAUUUAGAUUAUGCAGAAAUGGAUAUUGAACAACGUUUACAUGAUAUCCAUGCUCAAUUUUCAAAUCAAAUACAAGAAAUAUUACAUGAGCCAGGAUUUAUGAAUAUGCAUCCAGAAUAUAAGAUGGCUCUUAUUCAAGGUGCACUACACAGAAUUAUUAAUGAGAGAUUUAGAGAAAUACCGGCAGACGUCUUAAUAAAUAAAGCUGUUAAUGAUGCUAGAUUAACCACGUUGCCCGUGUUGGGCACAGGUGAAUGGCCUAGCACUUGGAAUGUGCCAAAUUCUCAAACACUACUGACUAGAUCUCAAGCGACAUCGGACUUAGAGCAAGAUUGGAAACAAGGACAGUUGAGUGAGAAAAGUUUCAAUGACGGACAAACGGCUGUAGUCGGUUUCGGGAUAGAAAAAGCAGCCUUCAUGGAUCAGGAAAAAGCUACUGGAAUGUCUAACGUGAAUGAAUUGACUAAAGCUGAGAGAGCAAGGAUAAAACCAAAUCUAGCUUCUAAUUAUAUAUGUCAAAAAUAUAAUCCUUAUCAUGGUUACAAAGAAUAUGUCAAACAAAUUGAAGCUUCUUGA